CACUUUCAUAACAGCGUGACUGCAACUUUAAUCAGAAUGACUAGUGUCUGUUGAUGAAAGGAGGAAGGAGAAAGAUAUACUUGUUUAUAUUGUGGACGAUAUGAUCUAGUUCUUUACACAUAGAAUUUUUAAAAUUCUUCACUGAUUUAUAUGUGAUGGAAGUAUGCAAAAAGAAAAUUAUGACCCUGAAUUAAAAGACGUUGCAAGCUUGGAUUUCCAAUCAUCAAAACAGAACCCCAACUCAUUCCUAAAAGUCAGCUGUUGCUUGCCUGUUGAUAAUUUCGAAGAGGAAGAUGAAUAUUAUAAACCAGUUUUUUAUACUCCAAUUGAAAUUUCGGAGGAAAUUGAUACAGAACUAGGGUUAACUGAAAAUUAUUUCUCCCGCCCUGAGGGCUAUUUCUGCUUCUCAACUACUGAAGAACUAGAAAUGGCCAUCAAAAGAUGUAAAGAAAUGAUUACUGAAGCGGAAGACAGAUCUGAUCGGAAAAAACAGCUAGUUGCAAAACUCGUCCAAUUGCGACUUAAACUUGAAGAAAUAAAGGAUGCUCCUCAAGAACCUCAAGACUUGAAAAUAGUGUUAGGUCACAGUUUCAAGUUACAUUGGUUAGAAAGGCCGCAGCAGUAUUGUGAAAAAUGCUGUGGAAUCAUUUGGGGCGUUUUUAAUAAUUGGUAUCGUUGUGUUGAAUGUGGUUUCAAAUGUCACAACAAGUGCCUGAAUCUCAUCACUAGGAUAUGUGCCAGCACAAAAUUAGCAGAACAUUGCUCAUAUGAAUUGUUCAUAUGUCCAGAAGUAGGCUUAUCUUAUCAGAAGUUUAGAUGUGCGGAGUGCAAAAGAAAAUUUAUAUUUAAAGAUAGUUUAUGCCUUCCAAGGUUAUGUGACUACAAUGGUAUGUUCUACUGCUCCCGAUGUCAUUGGAAUAGUACUAGUAUUAUACCAGCUAGAGUUAUACACAACUGGGAUUUUACCCCAAGAAAGGUUUGUCGAGCUUCACUUCAAUUUUUAAGACUGAUGGUGAAGAAACCCAUUCUUAACAUAGAAUUUUUAAAUCCCACAUUGUUUGCAUUUGUGACAGAACUGGAAAGAAUUCAGAAACUACGAGAAGAUAUUUUGUUGAUGAAAAAAUAUUUUCUAACAUGCCACACAGCAUUAGAGCAGAAGCUUCUGUUGCAACUAAAAGAUAGGCAGCAUUUUGUUGAGAAUUCAAAUAUUUAUAGUCUGCAAGAUUUAAUAGAUGUUUCAUCUGGUUUCUUGCUGUCAUAUCUUGAAAAGGUCCACAGUGCAUUUGCCUCACAUAUAACACAGGAAUGUCAGGGCUGCCGUGGAAAAGGCUUCAUUUGUGAGCUGUGCAAAUCAGACGAUGUCAUCUUCCCCUUUGAACCGCGCACUGAUACUUGUGAAGCCUGCUCAUCCGUCUUUCAUCAAGACUGUAAUCUUCAAUGGGAAGGCCCAUGUCCAAAAUGUGCCAGACGAGCAAAAGUUUUAUCAGAUACUGUGUAGUUGAAGAUAUUACAUUUUACUUAUAUUUUAUUUAUUGUAAAUAAAAAUUUUAUCAUGUUU